AUGUAAGAAACAGAAAUAUAACCAUAAAUAGAAGCUGGAAGACUUAAUGACACAGUGUAGAGUGCUAAAAGUUUAAGAUGUAGAAGAGUAGUAGAUAUUGCAUUUCAAAAUAUUGAAUAUUAAGUGGUUGAUUAGAAAGGACAUAAAAGAGACAUUUUGCGUAAUUUACAUGGAUAUUGUCCAGGAGGAGAAGUUACAGCCAUUUUAGGAGCAUCUGGUGCUGGUAAAACAUCGUUGCUGAACAUACUUGCUGCUCGUGUUUACAGUUCUAAAACAGUCAAAUUAAAGGGGAAAGUGCUUGCAAAUUAGAUGGAGUAUGAUUCUGAGACAUUUUCAAAUUUUGCUGCUUAUGUUAUGCAAAAUGAUGUUCUUUUUGAAACUUUGACUCCAAGAGAAGCAUUACAAUUUGUUGCGGAUUUAAAGUAUACAGAUCCAGAAUUGAAAUAAUCAAGAGUAGAAGACACUAUAAAAACAAUGAAAUUAGAAAGGUGCCAAAAUGCAAUAAUUGGAGGUCCAUCAUUGAAAGGAAUUUCAGGUGGAGAAAGAAAGAGAACAUCAAUUGGAUUUGAAUUAGUCACUAAUCCCUCAUGCAUUUUAUUAGAUGAACCUACCUCUGGAUUAGAUUCAUUUACUGCAUUCUAAAUUAUAUAUGAACUUUAACUGCUUGCUCAUGAACAAGAUAGGACAAUCAUAUUUACUAUUCAUCAGCCAUCAUCAGAUAUAUACUUACUUUUUGAUAGAGUCAUGCUAUUGGUUCAAGGAAAAUUUAUUUAUUAAGGGCAUAGAACUAAAUUGGUUGGGUACUUUAAGGGAAUAGGAUUUCCUUGCCCAGAUCACAGUAAUCCAAUGGAUUAUAUGAUGAGCAUUAUGCAUCAAGAAAGUCAAAUUAACAUAGAUAAUUUCCCUAUCUACUUUGACCAAUAUGAAAAAUAAUUACAUCCACAAGUAUUAGAGGAAAUCAAAGAAUCUUCAAAAACUGAAUUAGUCUAUAAGUAAGUUGAGACUUCUACUGCUUUUUAAAUAAACCUAAUAGCUAAAAGAGCAAUAAAAGGAUUUGUAAGAGAUAAAAUGAUCAUAAAAUAAAGAGUUGGUAUGGCAAUAUUUAUGGGAUUAUUACUUGGAUACUCAUACUAUGGUAUUGGAGAAGAUUCAGGAACAUUCGCAGAUUACACUAGUAUGUCUGGAUGUAUGUUCUUUCUUUGCAUCAAUCUUACUAUGAGUUCAUUAUUUCCAGUUGUGUUGCAAUUUGCAACAGAAAGAGAUGUAUUUUUAAGAGAAGAAAACUCAAAGCUGUAUACUACAUUUUCAUAUUUCAUGGGAAAAUCAUUUGUUGAAAUACCUUUUUGUCUGAUCUCUCCAAUUAUGUAGGAACUGAUUCUUUAUUGGAUGAUUGGUCUCAAUUCAAAAGACGGAGGGGUUGUUGUAACACAUAUAUUCAUUGCAAUACUCACCUGUUUAAAUGGUAAUAGCAUGGGAUUAAUGGCUGGAUGUGCAUUUAAUGACAUUAAAGUGGCUACUAGUAUAGUACCAUUGAUAUUACUGCCUUUAAUUAUCUUUUCAGGUUUCUUCGCAAAUUCAAAGUAGUUUUUCGUCUGGAUUGGAUGGAUCUAAUACAUAAGUCCUGUUAAAUAUUCUUUUGAAGCACUAGCUACAAAUGAAUUCGACGGAAGAAGCUAUGAGUUUGGUGAUCCCAUUGACACCCUAGGAUUUGAAGUAGGAUAAUGGGAAUCAGUAGGAAUUCUAAUUGCUUUUGUGGUAGCCAUAAGAUUUGGAGCAUAUAUGUUCCUUAACAUCUUAAGAUCAAAAUAAUAAUGA